AUGCACUCAACGGCAAGCACCGCCUUGAGGUGCGCCGCUGCUCCGCUGCACCACGCACGGAUGGGGGGGAGUGGGGGGAUGAGAGGGAGCGACGGGAGGGGUGGGGAAGGGAGGGGGAGGGUUGGAAAGGCAAUGGUGGAUGAGGAGAAGGACGCACGGUUGGAGGGGGGGCGUGUGUUCAUGCAACCAGUGCUCUGUCUGUACGAGGCUUUCAGUCCCCCGCCCGUCCCUCUUGCUGCUGCUGCAACCCCCCUGGCUGCACGCUGCACGCUGCGUUCAGUCUCCCCCCUGCCACACUCCUCUUCCGCCACCAUGCCUCAUCCUAUCGUUCCGCCUCCCAUGUCUCCCUCAACAACCCCCCCCCCCCACCCCCUUCGCUUCCUUCUUCCUUCUCCACAGGCUCAUUCCCCUCUGUCUAAAUUCCUCCCUUGUCGCCUUGCCAGCCUCCUUCCCUCCCACUCUGUAACGUUCUCCUUGUCUUCCCCUCCGCGCCUCCCCCCUGGGCGCACUCCCGUGUACACACAUACAGGAGGGGGGGGGAGUGCCGAUGGCGGUGAAGUGGGCGGACACGGACAAGGAGAAGAUGGCGCGCAAGGCGCACCGCAUGGGCCCGCCCGCACCCGCCGCCGCUGCACUGGGCAUGGGCCCGUCGCCUCCCGGGCUGUACUCCUCGCCGCUCAUGGGGUCCGCUCCUGGCGCUGCUGCCUUCUUCCUGCCGCCCUCCUCUGUGCCGUCUCUGUACGGCUCUCCCAUGCAGCCGCAGCUGCAGUUUACCUUCCUGCUCUCCCCCGCACUCUUUCGCUCCCAUUCGCCCUGCUUACGCUUUUCCGCAUGCCCUGCUUGCGUAGUCACAGCUUCUGGUCUCAUUCCUGCCGCCAUGCUUCGUGCAUCCCAUCGUGUGUUGCACAUCCCUGCAUGUGUCUCUGUGUGAUUCCACACGACCACAACCACAACGACAGCAGUACGGAGGCAUGGACUUGGCAUCGCUGUACCAGCACCAACCACCCGCCAUGCCGCAACCGCAGCCACACGACAUGUAUGCCAUGCCGCCACCUGCUGCUCAACACUACCACACGGAUGGCGCAGCAGCAGCAAUGGCAGGAGGAGGAGGGGGGGGGAGGGGGAAUUGGGGGCCCAGUGGGGGGCUAUCAGCUGGGCGCGGUGCCGUCAGCGACGGCCGUGGCCGCUGCUGUGAGGCAGGCCCUGGCUCAGAAGGAAGGUCCCCCUGGCGCCAACAUAUUCGUGUACAACAUUCCCCCGGAGUGGCGGGACCACGACCUGACGACGGCGUUUGUGGAGUUUGGCAACGUGCUGUCGGCGCGCGUCUUCAUUGACAAGAACACCGGCCUCAGCAAGAACUUCGGGUUUGUGAGCUACGAUGCAGCGGAGGCAGCGCAGGCGGCGAUAGCGGUGAUGGACGGGUUCCUGGUGGGGGGGCGCCACCUCAAGGGACGGGGGGAGGGGGGAUGGGCGGUUGUGGUGGGGAAUGUGAUGAGUCUUCCUCUAAUUCUCCCACCCUCCCUCCCUCCCUCCCUCCCUCCCUCCCUCCCUCCCUCCCUCCCUCCCUCCCUCCCUCCCUCCCUCCCUCCCUCCCUCCCUCCCUCCCUCCCUCCCUCCCUCCCUCCCUCCCUCCCUCCCUCCCUCCCUCCCUCCCUCCCUCCCUCCCUCCCUCCCUCCCUCCCUCCCUCCCUCCCUCCCUCCCUCCCUCCCUCCCUCCCCUCCUCUUCCUCCCUCUCCCAUCAUUUUCUCCCUCCCUCCCCUCUCUCCGUUCCACAUUUCCCACUCCCAUCUUGUCCCUCCAGCGCACUCUCCUACCUCGCUAUUUUCCAGACUUCCCCUCCCCUUAUCUAUUUUCUUUUUCAUUCCACCAACUCUCCCUCUGGCUGCCCUUAA